CCGCUAGGUAUAUAAACCUCGAUCAGGAGCAGAUGAAAAGUCCCUUAGAAAAAAAACUCCUCUUUCAGGGAACUUCUCAGGGAUUUUCUUCAUCUGUUUCAGGUUUGCGGAUGCUGAGAUUAUUAGUCGAUAAUUGAUGUUAAAUACGCUUGGAGAUAUUAUGCCUCAGAUGGUUAUGCCUGGAUUUCAUUGACAGAAUCCAAGAGGGUAUCUUUUUGGAAAUUUAUUGUGACUGGCACAGCUUGAUAUGCCGGGUGGUGGUGAGGAAAGGAGAUAUGUUUUUGUGUUGACCAGAUUUUGGAUUCGUGGGAAGGAGAGAAAAUUUUCUUCUAAUCUAGCUUGAAUAUUGUCUUCUGUACAUAAUUUGUAACGGUUCAAACCAAUGCCCCCUUCUCGGGUGGCGAGAGGAGCUGCAGAAUCAUCUUCUAGUUCAGAUUUAUAUUUCCAGGGAGAAGGACGAUUCCCAAGUGCCAGAAAUUCUCAAUUUACUUCAAAUUGUGGGAAUACUUUGAAUUCAGUACUACCUGGACAUGCAGGUGCCAACAUGGCUCCAAUUCCAGGAGAUGUUGGCAAUGCAGCUUUAAAUAAUGUGCUGAGCUCUGUGUCUAGAGCUGGGGUAAAUUAUUUGGGUACUGGUACAAAUUCAGGGCUUUCAGGAGGUCCCAAUCUGCAGAGAAAUGCUAGUUUUAACACCGAUUCGCAGAUGCUCACACCCACGUCGCCAAUGUCCUUCACAUCUAUUGCUAGGGACGGACCCUUAACUGUGCAGGACAGAUCCAAUCAAGAGCUUGAUUCGCAAGUUCAGCAAAGACAGGAGAAUCAAGGAGCUUCAUGCCCCUCUUCCUUGCCCAUAUCUCGAAUGGGGCAACUUCAAGUGCCUGCUGGUCCACGGGAGCGUAGUCCUUUAAUUCAGGACCCAUUUUGCAUGUCUCAUUUGCAAAAGAAACCUCGCUUGGAUAUCAAACAGGAAGAUGUUUUGCAACACCAGGUUUUGCAUCAUCUGUUACAGAGGCAAGAUGCUAUGCAUUUACAGAACUCCAAUCCUCAGUUACAGGCUCUUAUCCAACAUAGAUUGAGGCAGCAACAGGAACAGCAACAUCUUCAGUGUAUGUCUCCAAUGCAGCGCUUGCAGUUCUUGCAGCAGCACCACCAGAUAAGACCUCAGGUUGCACCACAGGGACUGCAGUCUGCAUUAGGAACAAAACGCCCAUACGAUGGUAGUGUAUGCUCCAGACGACUAAUGCAAUUCCUCUAUCAUCAGAGGCAGCGUCCUGAUAAUAGUCUUUCUUAUUGGAGAAAUUUUGUUGCUGAGUAUUACUCUCCGCGCGCAAAGAAGAAGUGGUGUCUAUCCUUAUAUCCUAACGUGGCUGGAGUAUUCCCACAGCCAGGGGAUGUAUGGCAAUGCGGACUUUGUUGUUCAAAACCAGGAAGGGGAUUUGAGGCGCCCUUUGGAGGCCUGGCAAAACUAUAUCAAACAAAAUUCAAUAGUGGUGUUAUCGACGAGCUUCUGUUUCUUGGCUUGCCUAGUGAAUCUCCAACUCCUGGAACAAUGACACUAUAUUAUAAAGAGGCAAUUCUAGAAACUGUUUAUGAGCAAGUUCGCGUGGUUCAUGAGGGUAAACUCCGCAUCGUAUUCACUCAUGAUCUAAAGAUACUAUUGUGGGAAUUUUGUCCGCGGCGACACGAAGAGUUUAUUCCUCAUAGAUUGGUUGCACCACAGGUGAAUCGGUUUGCGCAGCUUGUGCAACAUUGCCAGGACAAAAUAUCUGAAAGUGAACCUGAUGCAGCCGUUCCUCAAUCCGAUUUACAAACACAGACUGCUAUGAUUGCAACGGCUGGGCGCCAGCUUGCUAGAAACUUUGAAGUGCCAUUCUUGAAUGAAUGGGGCAUACCGAAGAGAUUCGGCAGGUUCCUACAGAUAGUCGAUGUUGUCAAUAGCAUGAAAGACCUGAUGGAUUUCUGCGAUGCAAAAAAAGUCGGCCCCAUCGAUGGCUUGAAAAACUUCCCUCGAAGCACUCCGCAAACGACUCAGAUGCCCAGUUGCUCUCAGGAUCCGCAAACUAAUCAGAACAUACUCCACAAUCAAAUCACGGCAUCGAAUAAUGUGCUCGGAGACACAACAAACAACCAAACGGCGACAUCAAAUCAUGGACUCAGUGACAAUGCAACAAAUAACCAACAUACGAUCCUUCGGGGAGCUUUUGCCGGCCCUGCUCAGGCCGCUCUUGCUUUAACUAAUCGUUUGACAAGGGAAAACUCAAUGAGCACAGCCCAUGUCCGUUCGCCUCAGCCGGAAGUUUCUUCCUCUUCCAGCCCAGCUCCGGCAACUCCGGCGCCAACUUCUGCUGCGCCAGCGACUGUACAGAGUACACCGACCAGUGACUUUUACAACAGCCAAGCAUUACAGCGCCACUCAGGCAAUCAAGGAUUUCGACCGGAAGAAAGAAAUCGCCAAAUGCAGGCGCAAGAUGUGAGCUGUAGGAACCAGGGAGCGUCAAUGGCUUCGCAGAACAGCAUUGGCUGUAAGAAUAAUUCACCGGAAGCUGGACAUGUUGUUGAAAAUCUCGUCAGACAACCGCCACUGCCGCCAGCGGCAGCUCCAGCUCCGGCUGCAGUUGAGAACGGGUUGGGAGGCAAUUCAGUGGACGACGAGCGUCGCUUUGCGGAUGAGCUUCUUGCGGAUGUUGGAUUCUUUGAGGAACUGGAUGACACCUUCUGGAGGUGAUUACAUUUUAUUUUUUUAAAAAAAAAAAAAUUAUGGAGACAUGUUGGGUUUUUUUUUUUUUUUUUUUCUUUCUUUCUUUCUAUUGUUUUGUUUUGUUGAUGGACAUUUUAAUUUAAUUUGUGGAUUUGGAGCAUUACCAUUAAAUGUUGCUGCCUGCAAUCAAUCAUUUUGGUUGAUUCUAUUUUGCAAGUUUCUUACUACAUUAUCAAAGUUGUCUCUUCAAGGGGAAAA